AUGUCCGGGGUCCGAGGGUGGAACCGUCCUCGUGUCCCGAGCCACCCCCUGACUGGCCUCCCUCUGCAGAUUGAUGACAUCGCCGACGGCGCCGUGAAGCCCCCGCCCAACAAAUACCCCAUCUUCUUCUUCGGGACCCACGAAACAGCCUUCCUGGGGCCCAAGGACCUGUUCCCCUACGACAAGUGUAAAGAUAAGUACGGGAAGCCUAACAAGCGGAAAGGCUUCAAUGAGGGCCUGUGGGAGAUCCAGAACAAUCCACACGCCAGCUACAGCGCGCCUCCGCCGGUGAGCUCCUCCGACAGCGAGGCCCCGGAGGCCGGCCCGGCAGGCGGCAGUGACGCCGACGAGGACGACGACGACCGGGGGGUCAUGGCCGUCACGGCCAUGACCGCGGCGGCUGCCAGCAACAGGAUGGACAGCGACUCGGGCUCGGACAAGAGCAGUGACAGCAGCGGCCUGAAGAGGAAGACGUCGGCGCUGAAGAUGUCGGUCUCCAAACGCGCUCGAAAGGCCUCCAGCGACCUGGAUCAAGCCAGCCUGUCCCCGUCCGAGGAGGAGAACUCGGAGAGCUCGUCUGAGUCAGAGAAAACCAGUGACCAGGACUUCACCCCCGAGAAGAAAGCUGUGGUCCGGGCGCCGCGGCGGGGCCCCCCUGGGGCACGGAAGAAGAAGGUAGGGCGCCCGCCGUUGGAUUCCAGAAUAGUGGUGUCAGAGGAGGAAGCCGCCUUGAGGGCCCUGAGUGAGAGCGAGCGGAAGAGUGCAAAGAAGUCGGCCAAGAAGUCUCAGCUGCCAAGCACCGAGCCCGUGAGGAAGCCUGGCCAGAAGGAGAAGCGGGGGCGACCCGAGGAGAAGCCGCGAGCCAGGCCCAUGAAGGUGGAGCGAGCCCGGAAGCGAUCCGAAGGGUUCCAGGUGGACAGGAAGAUGGAGAAGAAGAGAGAACCUUCUGUGGAGGAGAAGCUUCAAAAGCUGCACAGUGAGAUCAAGUUCGCUUUGAAGGUCGACAACCCGGAUGUGAAGCGCUGUCUGAAUGCACUGGAGGAGCUGGGGACCCUGCAGGUGACCUCUCAGAUCCUCCAAAAGAACACAGACGUGGUGGCCACGCUGAAGAAGAUCCGUCGUUACAAAGCCAACAAGGACGUGAUGGAGAAGGCGGCGGAGGUCUACACUCGGCUCAAGUCACGAGUCCUGGGGCCGAAGGUCGAGGCGGUGCAGAAGGCGAGCAAGACGGGCGCGGAGAAGGAGAAGGCGGAGGCGGAGAAGGCCGAGGAGCAGCUGGCCGGGGACGAGGCCCCCACGGAGAAGGCGGAAGACGAGCCCAGCACCGACCUCUCCGCCCCGGUGAACGGCGAGGCCACGUCCCAGAAGGGCGAGAGCACAGAGGACAGGCAGCCCGAGGAGGGCCAGGACUCGGAGGAGGGGCCCAGGUGCGGCUCCUCUGAAGACCUGCAGGACGACCUGCAGGAGGACCCCGACCCGGAUCGGCCUGGGAGCGACCAGCCGGAGCGCGCGAGGGGGCGGAUGGACUCGGAGUCCCCGGAUGAGGACAGCUGAGCCGCGGCAGCCCGGCCCGGCCACGCUCCGCCCACCGUGGGCGCCAGGCCUGCCCGUGUCCUCCCCAGCCUCCAGGAGAGCCGAGAACUUUCGGGGCAGCGCUGUGCUGCUUGUUUGCAUUUGUUCCUUGGGUUUUUUUCUGCCUAAUUUCUGUGAUUUCCAAGCGACGUGAAAUGACUAUAAAGGGUUUUGUAAUGAAAAAA